AUGAAGCGCUCUCUCGGCGGCAGACGAGGUAUCCGUAGCGCAUUUGUCUCUCCUCUGGUCUCUGGCUCGGAAUCAACGCCAACGGCGGAGGCAUCGGAAUUAGCCUCGGACACUUCAUCCUCCAAGGCUGGUGAUGGUCCGUGCUCCGAUGACCGAUUAAAACAAUUUGAAGCAAAAACGAUCGAACUUAUUAUGAGUGAGGUAAACUGUAGUCUAGCCUUCGAUGCUGAUAUUUCGAAUUAUCGCAUAUUGGCAAUUAUUAAGCUGUUUUGGUUUAAUUAG